AUGACUGAAGCCAAACAAGAUUUAAUCGAGUUAUCAACAAAUCCUUUAGAUGUAUGGAUAAAUACACAUUAUGAUGAAUUGUGUGCAGGGAUGACGUGUGAAAAUGCUCUAUUCUGCAAACCAUCAGACAUGAAAGACAAAAACUUUCAAAUGAGUAUUAAGGAUAAAUGUGAUAGGAAACAUAGAAGAAUAGACGGUAAACAAACAUGGUGUUAUGUUUUGAAAGAAGAAAUGAAAGGAUUAUAUAAACAGGUUGAACCAAACGAUAAUGAGGAUUCAUUUACUGACGAUGAAAUACCUGUAAAUGAAGCUUUAUAA